AAAAUUAAAUACGAAAAUUCGAAUAUCCAUUGACCCAAGAGCCGAGAUUUAAAACCAUAGCCAGCUAUCGGGCCUUUUGUACGAGCGCCUUGGGUCCCUUUCCUUUCGUGCGCUCUCUCUCAAUGGCGAUUAGGGUUUUCUUUCUGGCUUUCCUCCUCCUCUGCUCUCCCUUCCUUCAAGUUGCUAGAUGUCAAUCGGAGGUGGAAGUUUCCGAAGCUGCUGAAGAAGGAGGUGAUCUUGGCAUUGUUGGCGAGGAUGCCCAGGACUUUGGUGAUGGGAGUUUCAGUCCGGCACCGGGAGUGGAUACAGUCUGUGUUUUCCCCAAAAAUUCGGCACGAUUGGUGACAGCAGGGGAAGAGGCUGAGCUAUUAGUUGGAAUGAAAAAUGAUGGAGAGUCUAGCUUGAAUGUAAUUGCAGUUAAGGCCAGUGUCCAUCUUCCUUUUAAUCACCAGCUGCUGGUCCAGAACCUUUCUACACAGGGUUUUAACAAUGCAUCAGUUCCAGCCUCAGCUCAGGCUACUUUCCCAUACAUAUUUGCUGUUAGCAAGUACUUGCAGCCCGGAACAUUUGAUCUUGUGGGCACCAUUGUUUAUGAGAUAGACCAGCAUCCCUAUCAAAGCGUUUUCUACAAUGGAACCAUUGAAGUUGUUGAGGCUGGCGGUUUUGUCAGCAUUGAGUCUGUUUUCCUUGUCUUCCUUGGAAUUGCCCUACUUGUCUUUUUUGGAGUAUGGAUACGUGGCCAAAUACAAAACUUAUCCAAGAAAACUAAGAGGGCGCCAAAGGUAGAAGUUGGAACUGGGACUACAGAUGCCUCACUGGAUGAGUGGCUUCAGGGGACUGCGUAUACUCAAUCAUUGUCCAGCAAAUCAAAGAAAAAGAAGUGAAUGUGCUCACUACACCAAAAUGCGGACUUCUGUAACUCACAUUAGUCAUUUGAAGAUCUUUAAGUUAUCCCAAAGGUUUAAAUAGUUUUGGGAAAUUAGACUAGAAAAGACCUGCCUUGCUGUUGUAGCAUGUCGACAAAACUUUGCAUUUAAAUUUUUGUUGGAGAUACUGAAAGUUGAGCCUUUUUUGAAGAAAAACUAACGGAUAUUUGAGGUAGAAAUGUCACAGAUUCCUUAGAACAUAGGAAUUUUUUUUUAGAUCGUGCUUAAUUCUUCUGUUCCAAUUUGAUAAUUAUUGGCUUGUUAUCUUGAUGAAUUGGAAGCUGCAAAGUUGUUUUUUGAGAAUGCCCAAGAAGGAUACAUGUUAUUUUGAUUAA